AUGACAGAGAAGCUCAUACUGAUCGGGACCCACGGUCACUACAUCCAUGCCCUGCUUUUUGACCCGGAGAAGAAGACGCUAAGAAUGGGCACGCGGUUCGGGGAGACGAGCAGGGAUCCUAGCUGGCUCACUGCGCACCCAACACUGUCCGAUGUGAUCUAUGCGAACGGACACGUCUACGGUAAAGUCUUCGCUCUGCGCGUGACGGAUAAGGAGGGUACGCUGGAGGUCAUGAGCGAGGCUCAGUCAGGCGGGGCCGGACCGACGCAUAUUGCUGUACACCCUCAGGCUGGGAUUGUGAUUGCCCAUUACAAGACCGGCAAUGUUACAACACUCGCGAUCUCCCCGACGGGUGAAUUCCUGACCACAAUGUCCAGGGGAGGGAUCAACUCCUCACCCACAUCCAACUUCGAUCCUCUUCAACACUUCUCGGCCCUUCCCGCCACCCCCGACUUUGCAUUCCAUCCCCGUCAGGAAGCGCCUCACGCGCACCAGGUCGUCAUCCACCCGCAAUCUGGGGACGUCUUCGCACCUGAUUUGGGGUCGAAUGUUGUCUGGCGACUGCGGUGGGAUGUGACGAAAAGGGAGCUGCUGCCAGUCUCUGCAGGUGCCUUGACUGGAUUCUCGCCAGGAGACGGGCCGAGGCAUUUGGUGUUCCACCCCGAUGGCAAGUAUGUCUACACGUUGUGCGAGCUAUCAUCCGACAUCGUCAUCCACUCUCUCGACAAGCCCUCCUUCCCUAUCGCCCGUCACUCCAUCCUACCCUCAUUCGACCGGUACCCCGCUUCCCCUCGCGCCGAACAGAUGCUCGCGUCCGAAAUCGUCCUCAUCCCAUCCCCAUCCGGAGGGGAGAUGCUGCUCAUUGCCUCUAACCGCGACUCGCCUAAUCCUGACGGAGACGCGCUUGCGCUGUUCACGGUCAGCUCAGACAACCCGGGACAGAUCAGCCCGGCACAGCAUCAAUUCGUAUUUGGUGCAGGCAAACAUCUGCGGGGUGUCGCGGCGAAUAAAGAGGGGAAGUGGGUAUGCGUGACGAGCAGAAAUCCGGGCGAUGUCGUGAUGUAUGAAAGGGUGGGUGAUGGGAGUCAGCUGAGGGAGGUGGCGCGUACGUCUUUAGGGCGGAUCAUGACACCCGUAUGUCCGCUAUGGAUAGAGUGA